UGGUGGGCAUGGGAAAAACAUAAACAAACAAGACAGUGCAUGCAUUCCCAUCAUAACAUGCACCUGAACACGUUUGUAGCGUUCAAUCAAGUUUCUUUCAUUGGGAUGAAUGUUUGAAGUAUUUGAUUGAAUAUAGCUUUGUAGCAAUUAGAAUGCAAUCAAACUGAAAUACAAAUAUCCUGAUUAUUUUCAUUUAACCACAGGCACUUCAAGUUAAAACCAGGAAGUGACUUGAUUUAAAAUAAGUGCCACAUGGUCUGUCAACUGGUAAAGACAUUCAAAAGAUCAUAAAUACAAAAGCUUGCUAUCGUACAAGAGGAUAUACUUGCAUUCUUACAUGAUAAUGAUCCAGAGUUGCUGAAAACGAGAGGGAUCAAGCUUGGGACGUGUGUACUUCGUUGAGAAGUUUCUGUUAGGAAGUCUUCUGAAAAAGUAGGAAUAAUUUAUAGUUCAUAAUGAUUGGAAGACCAGGGGCAUGGGAAAACGUGAAAAACAGACAGACGACAGGAUUGGUGAAACGAGACAGUUACCAGAUACUUGAUAUUGAAAUAAAUGAAAGUAUUGAAAAAACACUUGCAUCAGGACUUUGUGAUUUGAAUGAGAAAGACAUUCCUCUACAUGACUAUAAAGACAUUCCAGAGUUUUUGCAGGGGAAUCCAUAUGUCACUGAUGGGUACCGGGUCUCACUUCCAUUCAACUUGUGUUUGAAAAGCAUGUUCAUAUGGACAAAUGAAACAAUGAACAUCUGGUCACACUUGGGAGGUUUCUUUCUGUUCAUUUUCUUCAUGCUAUAUGACAACAUCAUUGAACUCCCAAACCAUCAAGGAACUGUUGCAGACCAUUUGAUUGUCACUGCUGGUCUUUUGUGCUAUCAGUUUUGUAUGCUGUGUUCGGCUGGAUUCCACAUGUUUGGCUGUCAUUCAGAGCGGGCCAGUAAAAGAUGGCUAGCCGUCGAUCUGGCUGGCAUUCUUAUCGGUGUUAUAGGCUGCUACCUACCUGCAGUACAUUAUGCAUUUUAUUGUCUUUCAAUAUGGAGAGAUGUUUAUUUAUUCACAAUAGCGGCAUUAUCUGCGUUGAUAGUAUUCGUACAGUUUCAUCCCCAGUAUUUCUCGGUUCACUGGUUCUACCAAAGAAUCAGCGUCUACGUAGGCCUUGUGGCCUAUGGCGUAAUCCCAGCCACACACUGGUAUUUCCUAAAUGGGGGCUGGGGUUCCGAAGUAGUACAGAUGUUCAUUCCAAAAGUGGUUGUGAUGUAUAUGCUGGGAAUGCUGGCAUUCACAUUCUACAUAACAAAGUUUCCAGAAAGGGUCUUCCCAGGAACAUUUAAUUUCCUUGGCCACAGUCACCAAUGGUGGCACCUGAUCAUCGUUAUGGCCUUUGCCUUCUGGCACUCGGCUGGACGAGAGUUGCUUUACUAUCAGACGAGACACGAGUGCCAUGUAUAACCUUCGGCUUCCUCUCCCGAUCUCUUCUGGCACUCAGCUGGAUGAGAGUUGCUUUACAAUCAAACGAGACACAAUUGUAAUGUAUAACCUCCGUCUCCCAUUCCCAAUCUCUUCUGGCUCUUGUCUGGACAAGAGCUGCUUUUCUAUCAAACGAGAAAUGAGUGCCAUGUAUAACCUAUGGCAUUUGUUGAGACAAGAGUUGCUUUACUAUUAGACGAGACACAGGUGCCAUAUAUAUAACCUCUGGCUUCCAUUCCCAACCAAUUUUGGCACUCAGCCGGACGGCAGUUGCUUUAUCAGAGGAGACACCUCUGGCUUCGACUCCUGACCUCAUCCGGCACUCGGCUGGACAGCAGCUGCUUUACAGACGAAGCAAGAGUGCCAUGUAUAACCUCUAGCUUCCACCCCAUCCAAACCUCUACCUGACACUGGUGAAGUGCUCUCUGGGCUUGCUCAAAUUAUUGGUUUUAUAUAGAAGGAGCUGUUGAAAAUUUGGAUAUUAAGUACCCGGUACUAUUGAAAAAAUUUGGGUUUGCUCUGGGGAAAGUCUAAUUUAAAUGAUUGUCUACCAGUUAUGUUCUUGUUACAUUUCAAUUGAUUCUGCCUGUUGUUAAAAAAAAUGCAAUAAUUUGUAUGUUAAAGAACAUCAGCUUGAAUGUGCAAAAACAGUCUAUUAAAAUUGCACAUGUGCAAUCUUUGUGAUGUAUAUGUUUUUUCCGAUGUUGAUAUAUACUUGUGCGAUUUGUGCUAGUUAGAUGUUUUGAAUAGCAUGAUAGAAAGUGUUAAAGGGACUACUUCACAUUUAAAAGGGUCACAGAUAUACAGAAAAAUUUAUUUCCUGUGAAAUGAAAACAAAAUGGUUGUUACAAUAAUAAAACAUCAUCAAAAGUUCAAAUUAGAGCUUUUCUUUUAAUAAUUAUUAAAAGAUAUGCCAUAAAUUCUCUAUUUUGCUAAAAAAGCUUUAAACAGGAUUGGAAAUUGAAUUACUUUAGGCUUGAAAAUACAAAAUUCUGUUAAAUUGGGUCACAAUCUACCAGUUACUGUUUGUUUAUAAACGUCAGUGAUAUCAUAUUCAAUUACAACAAGGUUUAAGAAAACAUUGUUUGCAAAAUAAAACCUGUGAGCUAUUCCCUUUAAUAAGUGUCAGAUAAUUACAAAUGACAAAGCAAACAGUAUUAUAAGUCAAUUCUACACUGCUGCGUUAUAUAACACAUAUUGUACAGUUACAUGACAAAUUUGUUCAAGUGCUCCGUAGCACUUAUAUGUUAUUUUAUCUUUCUAAUAAAUAUUGAUUGUUGAAAUUAAAUAGAAAAAUAAGUAUUUUUGAAUGGCAAUAAUAAUUUGGUCUUUUAAUGGUAGUUAAAAAUGGCUUUUUUUAAUUUUCACCUAAUAUGAUGCAAUAUUUUUAUAAUAAAUGUGAAUAUAUUGUCAAGAUACCCCGGUAUGUUGAAAAAUCAAUAUCAUAUGCAUUUGUUGUUUACGAAACAAAUGUUAAAGGUUCAUUGGUUUUAAUUAUAAGCAGCGCAUUGAAAUAUGGAAAUAAUCAAAAGCGAAAUAAAAUAAAAUAAAAAUGCAUCUGUCUUGACUGCUACGGUGACUCCACAGAUAUGCAUUUACAUAAAAAAGUUUUGUAUCAUAAUGUACUUUUAAUAAGAAUCAGAUUUUUAUAAAUGGCAUAUAUUUAUUUGUUUUUUAGCAGUGGGUUUAGCAAAAGGACUAUCAUUGAUGAAACAUAGUCAUGAAUAUUUACAACUGUGUGAUUGUGUUUUACAUUUGUAUUUUUAUGCAUAUUGCUCAAAAUUAAUGAAUCUGAAGUACUAGUAUAUAAUUGAAAACUGAAUAUUAAGAACAUUGAUAAUGGGGCAAUUGUUAAGAACUUUGUUAGAGUUAACGAGAGGAUUAAUCACAUCGUUGUUAACUUAUAAAUGUGGAAUAGUUGAUGGUUUACACAUAUAUUAAAAUAAAACAAGUGCAGCUGAAACAGUUGUCACAAAUCUUGUUAGAAAAACAGUAUAUCCAUUAAACUUCCAGAGCAAAAAUGAUUUGAUAGUUAACAAUAUUAUUAACUUUUGAUAUGCAUUUUAUAAUAGAAAAUUAAUAAAAAAAAUUGUAGUUUUAACUUCCAGACUUUAAUUAAAUCAAAGUUAUGACUUACCUUCCAGUUUCUUUGAUAUUUUGUUUCAAUUAUAUAUAUCUGAAGUCAUACUCAAUCGUAGAUUAUUACACUUUUAUACAUUAACGUCUUCAAUAUAUCAUAUAUUUUUAUCUUUGUUUGUGACAUGUUUAAUUUUAAUGGCAUUUAAUCAUUUUUCUUACACCAAUCAAAACCUUAAACCUCCUUUUAUUUAUUUGUUAUAUUUUGUAAAUGGCACUGCAAAAGUGAAGUAUCAAUGUGUGUAUACCAUGUGAUAAAUUACGUCAUAAAUGCUACGUCGGAAGGCAACAUUCUUCUUCAAACAAAGAUAACUUUAGUAUUUCUUCACCAUUUUAAAUCAAACAGCACAGUCUACACCACUUAAGAGCCCCGCCAUCGGUCUUUAAGCAGAGAUUGAUUGAGAGUUUAGUUUCUAAAAAAAAACUUGAACAAACAUCUGACGGAGUGCUGUCAAAACAUUAUUUUGGAAACUGGUUUCUUGAUUAGUGUUUGAGGAAACUAAUCGCCAAAUCAAACUCUUGUAAAAAUGAAAACGGGCUCUUAAAGCGGCAUAGACUACCGAACCUUUUAGUUCAUCUAAAAAUGAUGAAGAAAAAUAAGUUAUCUUUGUUUUAAGUCUUCAUUCAACGCAAGAUGUUGCCUUACAUCGUAGCAUUUAUGACGUAAUUUAUCACAUGGUAUACACACACUGUUAAUUGUAUGGUGAAGUAAUGUAUAUGAAUGUGUUGGGUUUAAAACAGGGUUGUUAACCAUUUGUUCUAUGAUAUUAAUAUGAAAUCCUCAUACUGAUGUUGUAUAAUUAGAGAAUAUUACAUUAGUUGGCAUACAAUACAAAAUUUAUUAUAUAGAUACAAUUAUUAAAUGUGGCGGCAGCAGCAGCUAGAUCAUUUUAUAAAAUAUUUAACCUGUCCUAUUGAAAAUUGGUACACAUGUUGCCAAGAGACACUACUCUCAUGUUUGGCAAGGCGCAUUAGAAAAACAACAGCAAUAGACAAGUGAUAGCAAUUUGGCUUCGCAGGGCUCUUGUCUGUGAUUAAAAUCCAGUUAUUUGACACAGUCAUGUUAAUUAGCACUGUUUUUAUCCCUAUCUAUUUAAUGGUUACUGUCUUGUUCCAGUUUAUUGUCUGUGAUGUUGCGAUGUUGUUUUGUUCUCAUGCAGUUGGUUUGUUAACUGUUGAUAUUUUUAGUCAUUUAAUAAAAUUAUCAAAAUUGA